UGCUUCAGUAGAACCAUUCUUGUUCCAGCGGCGGUGGCAAACACCGGGCUGUCGCCUCUCUUCACGCCGCUCUCAGGCAGCGCACACGCGGCCAUGGCUCAUAUCACUUGCCGGGUGCAGUACUUGGAGGACUCGGACCCGUUCGUGUGCACAAACUUUCCGGAGCCCCGCAGACCUCCACUGGUGGAUAUCGAGCAGGACCUGCCUCUGAGUGAGCAGAUCGCGGGGAUACACAAGCUCCUCAACGCCCCCCUCAAGUUGGAGGAGUGCACGCUGCAGCUCUCUCCCAGUGGAAACUACCUGGACCUGGACUCUUCUCUGGACGAGCAGAGAGAUGAGCUAGAGACCUUCUAUGAGGAUGUAGAAAAGGGAAAGAAGCCCAUCGUCAUUCUGAGGACUCAGCUGUCUGUGCGCGUUCACUCCAUCCUCGAAAAGUUGUACAACUCCCAAGGCCCUGAGCUCCGGAGGUCGCUGUUUUCACUCAAGCAGCUUUUCCAGGAUGAUAAAGACUUGGUCCCAGAGUUUGUGGCGUCUGAAGGGUUAAUGUGUUUCAUAAAAGUUGGAGCAGAGGCCGACCCCAACUACCAGAACUAUAUCCUCAGAGCCCUGUCUCAGAUCAUGCUCUUUGUGGAUGGGAUGAAUGGAGUGAUCCAGCACAAUGAGACGGUGCAAUGGCUCUACACGCUCACUGGAAGUCUGUCUCGUCUCGUGGUGAAAACAGCUCUCAAGCUCCUCAUAGUGUUUGUGGAGUACUCAGAUCCUAACGCCAGUCUGCUCAUCAGGGCAGUCAAUGCAGUCGAUGGAAGAAGAGAUGAAAAACCCUGGAGUUACAUUAUGGAGGUGCUGGAGGAGAGGAACGGAGCCGACUCUGAGCUCAUGAUGUUCACAAUGAUACUGAUCAACAAGACAUUAGCAGCGCUCCCAGACCAGGACUCCUUCUAUGAUGUGACGGACAGCCUGGAGCAGCUCGGGAUGGAGACGAUUAUCCACAAACACCUGAACAACAAGGCCACAGAGCCAGACCUGAGGGCUCAGUUCACCACAUACGAGAACGUUUUGAAAUAUGAAGAUGGCGAGGUGGACGACCCCGCUCCGUGCUUCCGUAAAGAACGCCGAAAAGCUGCCCUGACUGUCGGCUCUGAUCAGGAAGGACGCAGGAGCAGACGAGCUUCAUCCCAAAAUCUCCCAGAUCUCCUCUCCUCCUCUUCCUCAUCCCCCUCUCCCUCCCCCACACUGGGCAUCACGUCUCCCCAUUUAAGCACAAACAAUCGUAUUACAUCACCAGUUCCAUCUUACCCCUCCCCUCCACAAAUACGUACCUCUCCCAUUGCAAAUAACUAUGUACUAUCUCCGACUAUCUCCUCCCCCUCGCCUACUCAAAAUAUAAUUUCUCCCAACCUCAAUAGCCAAGCCCUGUCCCCAACCCUAUCUUCCCCCUCCCCUAUUGAAAACCUUACCUCUCCCAUUAUACACAACUACGUGCUAUCGCCAACAAUCUCCUCCCCAUCUCCUACCCAAAGCCUCACUUCUCCUAGCCUCGGUAACCAUGUACAGUCUCCCAUUGUCCCAUUGUCUUCUCCAUCUUCAGAGAGUCCGAAACAAAACAGUAGACCCACGUCCCCCCUCGUGUUGAACUCUGACCCCAGUAGCUCUGCCUCCAGCCCAGCCACAUCACAGAGAGGGUCUCCGCUGCCCCCGAACACUGGCUCAAAUGGGAAUAUUGCAAUGGAACAGGAGACGAAAGCGCCGCUAAGUCCGGGGCGCUCUUUUCUCAGUCACCACAUGUCGGCUCUGGGCCUGAGCAGGAAGUCCAGGCUUUUCUCCAAGAGCAGCUCCAUCAGUGAGGAGCCCUCUGGCGCACACAGCCCAUCGUCGCCUGACCCAUCCCACUCGGAGCAGCAGUCUUCUCAGCAGCAGAACAAGAGCGAGAGCAAAACCAGCUUCAACUCUGGGGAGGACGAGGAUGAGCCCGUGUUUUGCGCAGAGGAUGUUAAUGUAAAUCAGGACAAACCCAUUUUCAAGAUGUUUAAAGAUAACUUUCUACGUAACCUGGCAGCAACCCAGUGGGAAAAAAGGAGACGGAGUAAACAUCAACGUCCUCGCCUAGCCUCGACUGAUGACUUCGUCACCUCGAACCCGCCCACGAAAGAGGAAGCAUCCAACGUCACAACAGAGGAACACACUCCACAGAGUCCAACAAGCAGAAGUUCAGACACAAAUGGACACACAGACUCACAAAAUGAAACAGCAGCUCCAAACCAGAGACCGGUCAGCACUCUGUCUGAAGAUAAGAAGUUUGUCCUGAAUAUGCUCUACUCCAAGACCAGCCCCGAUCCUCUGAAUUCCACUGAGGAGGGCCCCCCACAGCUUACUUCAGAGAGACCCCGCAGGCCUCUGGUGAUGGUGGUGUCUGGAGGAGAUGCAGGUAGUGUGGGUCGUGUGCUGGAGCGUCUGUCCAGUAUCACCCGCUCAGUGGACAGUCCCACAGAGAGCAGCAACUCCCGCAGGGCAGAGCUGGAAGGACUGGAGGGGUCGGCACAAGCCGCUCUGGCUCGACUCGCUGAGGAGCAACAGAGCCGCAGCCUCCGGCCUCAGUCCAGUGUGGACAUGGAGAACCAAGCAAAGCGUUUGGAGGGGACUCAGAUGACUACCCUGUGCCCAGGAGGAGGUUCCGAGGCCUGGGACCAGAUCCAGCCCUCUGCCUCCGCCCUCCGCAUCAAGGACCUUGACUUCUCAGACCUGCUCGAUGAAGAGGACAUCGACGUACUGGACAUGGACACUAUGGAUUCAACUUCAGCUGCUCGUUUAUCAGGGGCCCCACCUCCUCCCCCUCCUCCCCCUGGCUCUGGACCACCUCCUCCCCCACCUCCUCCACUUCCCCUUGGCUUUGGACCUCCUCCCCCACCUCCUCUGCCUGGGUCUGCAUUAGGCAUACCCCCACCUCCCCCUCCUCUUCCCGGGUUUCUGUCAGGCGCACCCCCACCUCCCCCUCUUCCACCGCCACUCUGGGGCGCUGCUCCCUUAGCCCCACCCCAUCCUUCUCUCAGCUCUGUGUUAGGAGAUGUGCCUAAAAAGAAGAAAAAGACGGUGAAGUUGUUUUGGAGGGAGUUGAAGCAGGCGGACGGAGGACCUCAGAAAUGCAGGUUUGGGCGCGGGACCGUGUGGGCGUCACUGGAUAAGGUUACUGUGGAUACCGCCAAACUGGAACACCUGUUUGAGUCCAAGGCCAAAGAACUGCCCAUGACCAAGAAAGGGCCCGAACUGAAGAAGCCUGAGAUCCUGGUGCUGGACCCAAAGAGGAGCAAUGCCAUAAACAUCGGAAUGACUGUGCUUCCUGCUGUUCAUGUCAUUAAAAGUGCAAUACUCAACUUCGAUGAAUUCGCCAUCUCUAAAGAAGGCAUCGAGAAGAUCUUGACCAUGGUGCCCACAGAGGAGGAGAAGCAGAUGAUACAGGAGGCGCAGCUGGCUAACCCCGAUAUUCCUCUGGGCACGGCUGAACAGUUCCUCCUCAGCCUGGCCUCCAUCAGCGCACUGACCUCCCGACUCCAGCUCUGGGCCUUCAAGCUCAAUUACGAGACUCUAGAGAAGGAAAUUGCUGAGCCUUUGUUUGACCUGAAGCUGGGAAUGGAGCAGCUGUCAUCCAAUCAGACGUUUAAAAGGAUCCUAGCCACGCUCCUUGCCAUCGGGAACUUCCUCAACAGCUCCAACGCCAAAGGUUUUGAGCUGAGUUACUUAGAGAAGGUGGUGGAGGUGAAGGACACAGUUCAGCGUCAGUCUCUGCUCCAUCACACCUGUAACCUGGUCUUGGAGAAGUACCCCGAAUCUACAGACCUGUAUUCCGAGAUACCAGCCAUCACCAGAUCUGCCAAAGUUGACUUUGAGCUACUCUCUGAAAGUCUGGCGCAGCUGGAGAGACGCUGCAAAGCAUCAUGGGACAAUCUGAAGGUCGUGGCCAAACAUGAGACGAAGGCUGUGCUGAAGAACAGGCUGACAGAUUUCUUAAAGGACUGCACCCAGAGGAUCAUCAUUUUGAAGGUGGUCCACAGGCGAGUCAUAAACCGCUUCCACUCAUUCCUGCUGUUCCUGGGCCAGCCAUCGGCCUCUGUGCGCGACAUUAAGAUCACCAACUUCUGCAGAAUCAUCAGCGAGUUUGCCUUGGAGUAUCGGACAUCCCGGGACAGAGCGCUGACGUUGAAGAGGAAGAAGGCGGCACACAGAGAGAGGACCAAGACCAGAGGGAAGAUGAUCACUGAGACCGAGAAGUUCUCGGGGGCGGUGCCUGCAGAUAGCCCCUCCCCCGUCUCCUCAGCAGCAGAUGUGGAGGCAGAGCAGCAGGAGGAGCAGCAUGAGAACAUGAAGAAUCUACUGAUCAGCGGCGGAGCAGACAGCCUGACUGUGGGGCAGGGCCUGAGGAGGUCCAGGGCUGUGCGCAGUCACGGAGGCAGAGUCAGCCCCUCUCCCAUGGUUAUGUCUAAAGAGGACAUGAGCCCUCAGGACGAUGCCACAGACGAGAUCAUGGACCGUUUGGUGAAGUCCGUAACCCAGAAUCCCUCAGAGCGAGAGUCCAGCCCCAAAACACGCAAACGCUCCCGGGUCAACAGGAAGUCAUUGCGGCGCACAUUGAAAAGUGGCCUUAGUCGGGACGUGGUUCAAGCUUUAGGCCUCAACAACCAGAAGCCUCAAGACUCAAAUGUUUGAACAGGAACAAUAUCAUUCUAUUUACCUUUAAUCGAUUGAUGGACAGACACCACCAAUCAAUAAGACAACAGACUCUGAUACCGCCGCCACCACCGCCAACCAGAGAGUCAUUAAAAACUGCUUUUUAUAUACAAACCCAACCCACUUUGCACCACUGUUGCCAAGUUACACAAAUGCUAAAGACUGCACUCACAUGGCACAUUGUACAUUUGACCUGUGGCUGUCUUAGGUUUAUGAACUCAAAUUCAAUCACUAAGACAAGUUAUUUAAGAGUUUUUAAGUUAUUGUCAAGUAGAUGUUGUGUAGUAGUUUGGUUUUGAGCAAAAUUAACAAAAAAAUCCUUUAAAAAUAUACAAAAAAGUAUAUUUGCCAUAAUAUUAUGAAGAUGUUUCUGCUGGUUUAAAGGUGCACUGUGUAACUUUUCUGUUCUGCUGAUCUCUCACCUGCUUCUCUCCGUGGCCUGCCUGAAAUGUUCCACACUGUGGCAUUAGACUGAUCUGUAUUGCCUAAAACAUACACUACCAAUCUAAGUUUUGGACGCACGCUCUCAUUGAAUGUUUUUUUUUUUUGUAUUUUGUUUAUUUAUUUUUUUUACUACUUUCUACAUUUUAUACACAUAUAAGAUAUAUGGGAUUAUGUAGCAAAAAAAAAAGUUAAAUAACUCCACAAAAUAUUUUUCAACAAAGCAAAGGGGGGGAUACUUUGAAUGUAAAAUAUUGAUUUGAAUGUUAAAUAUAAAAAAAUAAUAAUUCAUGUUUCCUCAUUGCUACAUAAUUUCAUAUAUCUUACUUAAUAUAUUUGAUGUCCUUUGUAUGAAUACAAACUGUAGAAAGUAGUCAAAAUAAAGAAAAAAAGAUUGAAUGAAAGGGUGUGUCCAACAUUUGACUGGUAGUUCUUACUGUGACUUUGCUCACUUCAUCACAGAUCUGACCUGUAACUUGGCCUGGUUGUCCCACCUGCCUGUCUUCAUGGAGGUGGGUAAGUUUAAUCCCAUCACUGUGGAACAUUUUGGACAGAACAAUAACAUUUCAAUGGAUACAAGCUGGUGGCAUACUUCUGUCAGUAAAGUCACACAGUAUACGUUCCUAGUUUAUUAUGUUGCUACAGUUUUAAAAUGAGGUCCGGACUACAUUAAAAUCAGGCCCAGACUAUAUUAAAAUGAGGUCCAGAUACAUAUGAAUGCCUUAAUCUGCCUGCUAAACUUCCCAUUUGUACUUAUAGUGUAAAUGGUAAAAUACUGCAUUUUUACCAAAGAUGAUUGAAAAAAUUUAAGACGUUACAAACUAAAAGAAAACUUUAAAAAGUAGUUUACAUGAAUCUGUCCAAAAACGUUGAAAUUAACUGUAUUAACUCUAUUUUUUGGACUAUUUUAAGCUAUGCAUGUCCCUACCAAAUAUGGCCGACAACUCAUAGCAGAAUACAGAGUGUAAGAAAUAAGUCUAUUUUCUUCUAAAAGUAAUCAUACAUGUUCAAAGAUUCAAAAUGAACUCAAAGCGAGCAGACCAGAAUGUAACAUGUGUUGUCAUUUUUGAAAAAAAAUGCCAACACUGCCACUUUGAAAUGACUCCAACUCACUACAAUGAUUGCGCUCACUAGCUUUACAAAACAUCUGGAUCAGCUCAAAUUGACUCUCCUGGUUUAAAAUUUGCAACAUGUCUGCAGCUAAACCUCAUUGGUCACUAAUGGACAAAGGUUAUCUGAGCAUGUCUUGUUUUUGGCCCAAAACCUGCCUUUUUAGAAUCCACAAAAAAAAUAAAAAAUAGAGUUGUUCAUGUUACGACACUUUCCUUUGUUACUGGCCUGGUACCGAAGUGAACAGUGGACACAUUAUUUGUGGGUUAAUAUUAAGAUGACAAUUGUUUUUUGCACAUUGUACUGUAUCGAUUUGGUUUGUUUUGAAAAAGAUGGUCUGGAAAUAUUAAACGUUUAAGGCAAGUACAAGUAAAGGCUUUGAACUUGAAUGUGUCAGUUUAUAACAAAACUGUUUUAGAUCAUGAAUAAAGAUUUUUUGUAAUGAAA